AUGUCGAACGUUUUCGGUUUAAUUGUUUCGGGGCGGCUGGUGCAAACAGACUUCACACCUUUAACGGAGUCAACUUUCAUAAUAACCAUUCCCGAUACGGAUACAAUCAACCAUGUGGCGGUAUUCUUGACCGGUGUGACUCCUCUCCCAGUUGGGACUGCAGGCAUGGUCUACUGGAGCUGGCCAGAUCCUGCAGCUCCACCCAACUGGCAGCUCUUGGGUCACAUUUCCAAUAGUAAACCAUCCACUAUAUUCAAGAUCUCAAAUUUAAAGAAGUUGCAUGAGUUAUCAACGGAGAACAAGUUUGGUGGUGCAUUUGGUCAGCAACAGAUUUGUAACUAUGCACAGAUUGGUAUAUCAAUUGAGCCUGAGGCGAAUGUUGAAUUACUUGCUUCCUCUGUUGCACAAGAAACAAACCAAUAUGUUACAUUUGCACAAAAAAUGUUAGAGAACCUAGUCAAUUUUGUGGCGUCAUUUUCGGUAACGCAAGAUCAGAUGACGCCAACACCUGGGGUGUCCUAUAUCCCCCUUAACACAUUGCACACCUGGUACCAGAACUUUGAACGGAGAUUGCAGCAGAACCCCAACUUUUGGAAAAAC